AUGGUGCCAGGCAGUGCUUUCCUAGAGACGCCUGCGGAUGAACCGCUGGAGUUCCCGGGGCUGGGUGGUGUCUUGCCAGCGUGGAGUGUGGGGUAUUGCACAGGAUGGCGACGCAGCGUGACACUGCUGAUUUGCUUGGAAGGUGUUCGCACUUUGAGCAUUCCAUUGGAAGAUCUCACGCAUGAGUUCAAGGAGUCACUGGUGGCGAUCUAUGUAACUGCAGGUGUUUACACCAAUGUGAGAGAUGUUGUAUUCACCAACAGAGGCAUAACAUUGGGAAGCACAAAGACGCGUCGUCCUCCCAAUGCGUUUAACUUCUUGAGGCAGCUUGAGAUUUUGCAGAAGGGGGGCUUUGAUGGUGGCUCUUUCUCCGAGUGGGACAACCGCACCAAGAUCCAGAAGGCAUUCCAGAUUGGACCGAAAGAGGCGGGAGCAGUCUCCAACUUGCAAGACAAGAUUUCAAAGACAGUGGUUGCUCAACUCCGUGAAGACAUCCGGUCAAGGGGCAUGAACAAGUGGAUCAGCCAUGAUGUCUUGGCCCGCGAUGUGUUUAACUGUGGAUUUUCGAGUGGCCAUGGGAUCUUUGAGUCGUGGGCUGAACAUUGCACAAAUGCAGCUGAUGACCGGCUGGUGCUACUGUUCCUUGAACGCCUGAGGGUUGAUUGGGACAAGCAGAACAAUCGCUCAUGCUGGACAGUGAAGGAUGCUCUGACUUUGCAUGCCGUGUCGGGGGCCUUCCUCUUCCUGCGGGACUCCCUCCACGCCAAAGUCCCACAGGCCGAUUUCAAGAAUUGCAUUGAUGACAUUGAUGAGCAGUUUCGCAAGGGUUUUCUGGAUGCAGAGCUGCACCAGCUAUUGUCCACAUCUGUGCCUCCCACCACUUUGAAUGAUGUCUCCUUCAUGCGAAGACUUGCAAUGCACUUUAAUGUCGUCGGGCUGGGGCAAUUUAUAUAG